AUGGGUUCUCACCUGUCUUUCCCUAGGGUUACCCUGACAAAGGAGAAAAUUGUCAUUGUUACCGGUGCUAACACAGGUAUAGGAUACGAAACAGCCAAAUGGAUAGCCAUGAUGGGAGCCACAGUCAUAUUGGGCUGUCGGUCGGAAGAGAAGGCAAGGGAGGCGAUGGCAAAGAUAAAUGCGGAAUUCCAGGCAGAGAAAGACCUCAAAACACCAGGAGUGGUGGAUUAUCAAGAACUUAGCCUAGAGUUCAUAAAAUUGGACUGUGCAAGUCUCCAGUCAGUGAUGGGUUUUGUCAAGACUUUCAAGGAAUCUGGUCGACAAUUACACGUUCUUGUGUGCAACGCUGGAAUAGGCAUGAGUAAACAGGCAUACACAGAUGAUGGGUAUGAACUCAUGUUUCAGGUAAAUUAUUUGAGCCAAUACCUGUUAUCUGCUCAUCUGUUGCCCAUUAUGAAGACUUCUGGAGAAGACUGUCGUAUAGUACUUGUGUCUAGUGAGGUGCAUCGUUACUCCGAACUUAAAUUGGACAGAAUACAGGGAAGACAGUAUAAUGAACGUAAUUUUCGACGAACAUUGUUCUACGGAAAUUCGAAAGCAUUCCAGGUCAUGCAGAUGUUUAGUAUGAACCGACGACUUCAAAAUUCAAACGUCACAGUAUCAAGUUUACAUCCGGGUGUUGUGCAGACAGAAGUAACAAGAAACUUUAGUGAUAUGGGACCUUGGGCUCUUCUGUUCAGCAUAGGGAAAUUGAUUGGCGCGUCAAAAACUCCAUAUGAAGGAGCUGAGACCACAAUCAAUGCAGCCGUGAACCCGGCACUUCAAGACGUCCGUGAUGUGUAUUAUAGUGACUGUAAACCCAACACUCCACACAGUAGAACUAGAAAUAAGCAGAACCAGGAAACGUUAUGGACAUACACUCAAAACUGUCUUAAGGAAGGAGGUUUUCUUCCUGACGAUAUCAUCAAGUGUUUGGACGGGGAAUGA